UAUUGAGAUGGCGUCAAUGGGCAUGCAGUUGCUGGGUUGUAUCCUGGCUCUGUUCGGCUGGGUUGGGGUCAUUAUUGUGUGUGCCCUACCCAUGUGGAGAGUGACAGCCUUCAUUGGUACCAAUAUUGUGACUUCUCAGAUUUUCUGGGAGGGAAUCUGGAUGAGUUGCGUGGUGGAGAGCACCGGACAGAUGCAGUGUAAGGUGUACGACUCCAUGCUGGCGCUGAGCCCUGACAUGCAGGCGGCUCGUGCCCUGAUGGUGAUUUCCAUUGUGGUGGGCAUCGCUGGGAUUCUCAUGGCACUCGUCUCGGGGAAAUGUACCAACUUCAUCGCUGAGCAGGGAGGGAAAAUAAAAGCAUCCGUCGCUGCUGGUGUAGUUCUGAUCAUCUCUGGACUUCUAUGUGUCAUUGCUGUGUCCUGGACCGCCGCCAUUAUAAUAAAUGACUUCUACAACCCCCUGUUACUGGAUGCUCAGCGCAGGGAGCUGGGCGCUUCACUUUACCUUGGCUGGGCCGCAGGACUCCUUCUGGUUCUGGGAGGAGGACUGCUUUGCAGUUCUUGCCCACCAAAGGAGAACGACACAGCAUCUGUUACAUAUAAUCCUGUAAAGAUGACAAAACCCUCCAGUGGGGAUGACUCUCUUCCCAGUCACACCGCACCAGUGCCACGGUCCCCGACGCCUCCAAAGACCUACAUCUAAACCGCGUACUCAUUCUAAUGAUCAUACUGCUUGACUAGUGUAGGCCAGCUGGUGUCUACUUCAUUCAUUUUCAGAUAAUGUCGAAAGGUUGCAAUGUGUCCUUUAAUGGAAGCAAGGAAACCCAACAUUUUGUUGGAGCACAAA